ACUGGAGGUGUGGGGCUGUGGUGGCUUAAGCCCUGCCUUCUGGCUUGGAGGGAAUCUCAGCUGGCCAGACCCACAGAGGGGAAGAGGUCUCGACCCCCCUCUUGAAACAGUGAAGGGCUAGAGGAAGAAUCUUACUCUCUCCCCCUCCCUCCAACUUCUUGCAGUAAAUGAUAUGGGAGGUUGGUUUCGUGAAAUGUGAGGGGGGGGGGCGUUGACCCCUUGUGAGAGACCGGUUGCUCCGUGUGAGGGUUGGUGAGCAUCAACCCCACCAACUCAAAAUGUGGAGAGUUGAGAGGACGCUGCCUGUGCUGAACAGGCGAAGACACCAGGCAGCAAUUGGGCUUUAAAUGCUUAACAACAGACUUCCCUCUCGUUUGGAUGAAAAGAGGUUUGGGGUCGUGUCCUACUCUUCUGAGGAACCAGGGGCGUGUCAAAUUCGCAGGGUGGAUGUUGUUCUUUUGGCACUUGGACCAAAGAAGUUACCUACCCUGGUGCAGAUCUUUAAGAGAGACUGGAGCAUGCUUGUGAAAUUGAACUAGCUGACAGUAUUGACUCCAGGGUUGCAUGUUGAAAGGGCUUUUGUGCUGCACUGUCGUUUCUGAUGAAGAUCUAAGAUAUAAUUAAAUUUCUCAAGAACUGUUGAACCUCCUAUUGACUAAAAUGGGGAUGUUCCGGCCUCUGGUCAUUGAGUUGCGACAAUAUUUAAACAUGAAUCGGUUAAAGCAGCGGAGCCUUAUGUAAGACAUGGAUAGAUGCAAACAUGUUGGGCGGCUACGACUCGCCCAAGACCACUCAAUUUUGAACCCACAGAAGUGGCACUGCAUGGACUGCAAUACCACAGAAUCCAUUUGGGCUUGCCUGAAAUGCUCCCAUGUGGCCUGUGGAAGAUAUAUUGAGGACCAUGCACUUAAACACUUUGAAGAGACCCGGCAUCCUUUGGCUAUGGAAGUUAAUGAUCUCUAUGUGUUUUGUUACCUUUGUGAAGACUAUGUAUUGAAUGAUAAUCCCGAGGGUGACUUGAAAUUACUUAGGAGUUCUCUGUCUGCAAUUAAAAGUCAAAAGCAUGAUCCAUCAGCAAGAAGUGGUAGGACGCUGCGGUCAAUGGCUUUGGGUGAGGAUGUAUACAGCCAUCAGAGGGCUCCUCAGGGACAGCCUCAGAUGCUUACAGCUCUCUGGUACAGACGGCAAUCGUUGCUCGCAAAAGCGCUGCGGACCUGGUUUGAUAAGAGUUCUAGAGGCCAGCUAAAACUAGAACAAAAAAAGCAAAUGGAAGAAUUGGAGAGGAAGAAAGAAGUAGCUAGGCAGCGGCGUCAAGAGAUGAAGCGGAGAUUGUUGGAGGAGCUGGCAAACACUCCUCCGAGAAAGAGCGCUAGGCUUUUAUCGCACAUUCGCAGAGAGAAUCUGAUUCCUCGGAAAUUCAGAGAUAUGGAAGCAAGUUCCCCUACCUCAAGACAAAUGCAGAGUAGCAAAUUUAAACAGUUCUAUUCCAUCCGGCGGAAGCCCCUUGUGACUCCUGGUGUGACUGGACUAAAAAACCUAGGAAAUACGUGCUACAUGAACUCUAUCCUUCAAGUAUUAAGUCACCUCCAGAAGUUCAGAGAAUGUUUUUUGACGCUGGACCUUUGUGAAACUGAGGAACUCUUAGCUAAGACGGUGAAUGGGAAAUCAAGAAUGUCUGGAAAGUUGAUCAGUGGGCCUGUUCCUGCUGAGUCAGGGAGGAAUGAUCAACUGGGGUCAUGUGGCAGGCAGAGCCUGCCAGCUGGCUUAAAUGGUGGGUCUUCAAUAAACAAAAGUUUAGAACUAACACAGCCCAAGGAGCCAAGUUCAAAGCACAUCUCUCUUUGUCAUGAACUGCAUACACUCUUCAGAGUCAUGUGGUCUGGGAAGUGGGCUUCAGUUUCUCCCUUUGCUAUGCUGCACUCUGUGUGGAGUCUCAUUCCAGCGUUUCGAGGUUAUGACCAGCAAGAUGCUCAGGAAUUUCUCUGUGAAUUGUUAGACAAAGUGCAGCAGGAGCUUGAAUCGGAAGGAACAAAGCGCAGGAUCCUCAUCCCUUUUUCACAGAGGAAACUCACGAAGCAGGUCCUGAAGGUGGUGAAUACCAUUUUUCAUGGGCAGCUACUCAGUCAGGUCACCUGUAUAACGUGUAACUAUAAAUCCAACACUGUGGAGCCCUUCUGGGAUCUUUCCCUGGAAUUUCCUGAACGCUAUCACUCCAUCAACAAAGGGAUUGUCCCUGUUAAUCAGACAGAGUGCAUGCUGACUGAAAUGUUGGCCAAAUUCACAGAAACAGAAGCUUUGGAAGGGAGGAUAUAUGCGUGUGACCAGUGCAACAGCAAACGACGGAAGUCUUCUCCCAAACCUCUUAUCCUAAGUGAAGCUAAAAAGCAGUUAAUGAUCUACAGACUACCUCAGGUCCUCCGGCUGCACCUUAAACGAUUCAGGUGGUCUGGACGUAAUCACCGUGAGAAGAUUGGGGUCCAUGUCCUCUUUGACCAGGUAUUAAACAUGGAACCUUACUGCUGCAGGGACACUCUCUCCUCUCUUGACAAAGAGACCUUUGUCUAUGACCUCUCGGCUGUGGUGAUGCAUCACGGGAAAGGGUUUGGCUCAGGACAUUACACGGCAUAUUGCUACAACACAGAGGGAGGGUUUUGGGUCCACUGCAAUGACUCCAAACUGAAUGUAUGUAGUGUGGAGGAGGUAUGCAAAACCCAGGCCUACAUUCUUUUUUAUACUCAAAGGACUGUGCAGGGCAAAGUAAGUAUCUCAGAAACACAACUUCAAGCUCAGGUGCCGUCCAAACUCAACGAAAAAGACAGAAGACUGACACUCCCCAGAAGGGAAGCAUUACUGUCUCAAACAGCUGGUUAAUUUUUAAAACCUUUGAAUUUCACCCAUAUUGGCAGGAACAAAUACUGCUGCAGGAAUUAUCUGGAUCCACAGUCUCAAAAAGUGGGCCUCUUACUGUGUGCAACUCUGUUCUAUGAGAUUGUAGCAGAACAUUUUUUUUAAAGAGACAAAUGUAUUUGUUAAUCCCUUCCUCUUCUAAACAAGGGAAAUAGUAACACCCUCAAUGUCUUGGACCAUUUAUCAUCUUGAAAAGAAAAAUCUAAUGUGGCAUGGAAAAAUACAACCAGGAUACAAAGCCAUCGCACUGGCUAUAUGCAUAAAUUCCUCCAGAAGAAUGCAUCGGUACAGUAGAAUUUCAUUUAAUCUUUGCCCUCUUGUUGAGAUGAACAGUUGUUGCACCUCUGGGUGUAAAUAACUUGACCCCUACUCCACCAUCACCGUAACUUGGGUACAUGGAGUUGUACUGUACCAGACCUCCGUAAGCUUUUUUUACUCGAGCAAAAUGUGCUGUCCUUUUGAUACCUGUGCAGUCAUUCUAGUUUGUUGGAAACAGGUGCAGUCUGAAAUUAUUUUGGAAUAUUAGGAAUAUUUCACAUAUUUCAGUUUAGGUCUUUGCUAAAAUUUAUAAAAACAACUCCGCUUGACCUUACAAGAAGUACUGAAAAUCUGACACAAGCUUUGUUUGAACACACUCAUUCCACAUGGGACAACUGUAGCAAUUUAUGUGGAAGGUAGGACUUUUCAAAGCUUUCUGUAAGCUUUCAUUGUCAGCUAUCAUAUGAUGAUCACCCCAUGAAGUAACUGGUCAUAUGAAUCAGUUCAGUUUCACAGUUGAAGAAUAGGUUUCCUGAAUUAUGAUUCUUUUCCCCCCAGUCACUGCUAUCAUAACAUAUCAACUCUUAGUCAAUGAUUUAACUAUUUCUCAUGUGCUGAGAAGGAUGAUCAGGAAUUUAGCAGUAAUCAUGCAGAUAAAGAAGAAAACAGUCCCUGACUGGUAAUGCCUUGAAUUUCUUCCCCUUUAAAAUCACCACUACUGGAGUUUUUUGGGGGUCAGGGGGUCAGAGUCACAUAUUGGAGAAGGCCUUUCUGAAUUAAGGAUGGAUUGUAUUCAUCGUAUUCCUCCUCUCAUCCUACCACCCUAGUUUUAAUAUUCAUGGAGUCAAAAUUGGCAUACAACUACAAACAGCUAUCUCAGUACUGUGAGGUUGUGGCAUCCCCAUACAGGACAUGCAGUCACUGACAGAGCUUUCAAUACUAUUAGGUAAGGUAUCUGUAGUAAUUUGGAUUAGGGCUGGAGCAAUUGCUGAUCUUUGUGAUUACUGCUGCUACAGUACUGCAGAAAGAACAUACUUGAACACUGAUUUCUGUGUAGCUGGGCAACUUGCUGCUUUUAAAUCUGGAAAUAUUGAUAGUUAUAAACACACAAACAUUGUAUAUUCAAAGGUACAGCACAUGAUAUUAUAUAUAAAUUGUGUUGAUUUUGUAGCUAGGCUUGGAGGGGUUUUUUUGAGCUUUGCUGUAAUAGGGAAUACCUAAUUUCUCAUAAAGGGGGCAGUUUAAACCUGGCAAAAUAUGGGCAAAGCCCUUUUAUAUAGCCAAUGGAGAUUGAUCUAAUUGCUAUAAAUAUUAAGCAUCUUAGAUCCUAGCAUGUGUGUAGAGGAUAUAUAACAAGCUAGAUGAUGGGCAGGGAUCUGGCAUAUCCAGGAUUUUCAGACGUGUUCCUGUACUUAACAUUUACCCAUUCUUUAAAAUCUACUGUUUCUCAGCCUUUUGGCUGAACAGACAUGCUUUCUGAAAAGUCAGUUUGUUCUUACCAAUUUACAUUCCAUUAACAACUUCAUGACAAAAGAAAUAAAUCUAAGGCCUUUUUUUAGACAACCAGUUUCAUCUUUAGCACUAAUCUGGAAGUGGAGAGAAAAGGUAGAAUAGGACUGUGCCAUACAUGUUUAUUCCAUGGGUCUGUGGUUUAGACUAGUAGAGAUUUUAACAGCCCACCUGUAGUUUGCAAGUAUUGGGUACAGUAGAUCAGAACACUGGGAAAGUUUUUAUUUGGAAACAUCCUUAAUAAGUUUCGUUAAUGAAGUCCAACUGUCCAGCAGCAGUAUUGUCAUUAAUGCUAUUUUAAAUUUUUAAAAAUCCAUACAAACGAUGAUAAUAUAGUAAUGCUGCUACAAAGCCAGAUUUCUUACUAUUAAGAUCAUCAGCUUGCCAAAAAGAACUCUCACCUGCUCUCAUCCUUCCUAGUGGUGUUUUUCUGCACAGAAAUCAAUUGGUAAAGCUUUGUUUUCACACUAUGUAGAUUACUCUCAUGUGAUAUUUGUCUGCAAUGUGAAGGUGUUGGUAAAGGCACAGUUAAGGAGGCUUAUGACCCUGCUACUUGGAUAACACCUAAAUCAGAUGCAUAAAAAGGGGAGACAUCAAUAUUGGAGUGGAGUGACAUAGUAGCAGCUAUGAAUGCAUCAUAUCUCCCAAGCAGAUUUGGAUAUUAGUGACCUCAUAUGAAUAACAAAGGAACAUUAAAUGUGGAAAAAUAUGUAAUUAAAAUUUCCUGUAGUAGGGAGGGAAGUAAUUGUACUUUUGAAUUAAGCUUGCUGUUUCCAACACUGUGAGAUUUCUAAUGAUUAGCUUUUAUUUGGAAGCGAUAGCAUAUAGCAUUUUUAUGCUGUUUCUUCUUAUAUCUGUCUACUGCAAGCAGUAAUCUUGAUAUGCUGUACACUGUUUUAAAGUGUCCUGGUUGACAGAAAAUUUAAUUACAGCUGGUUUCCCAUGAGAGCUGCAUUUUUGCUAUUAUAAUAGAAACCCAACAGAGUAAAACAUUUGCCAUGUCUUCCCAUGCUAAUUUUCCCAGCCAUGUUUAGCUAUUUUAUGUUGCAUAUAUGUUAAGUGAAGGGUAAUCAUUCCUGAUCCUGAUGACAUUUAUUAGUGAGAAGUGUUUCAACUGCAAGGUUGCAUGCACAAGGUUACAAGUGAACACAUUCUGGUAUGGUAUGGCCUCAAAGCACCUCAGUGAUUCUACUUUUCUUAAAGUUGCAGUCCUAGCAUGUUUACCAGGAGGCAAGUCCCACCACCCUUAGAAUAGUUUAUGGUGAAUAAACAUGCUGGGAAUCAGACUAGAAGAAAGUUAACUACAUUUAAAAGUAAUAACAGUGUUACCAUUGUAAAAGAGCAAAACUAGUUCUGCCCACAUAGUUAAAAUGGUUUAUGGAAAGUUAAAAAGGCAAUUCAGUGAAAUACAGGCUUUUCUUCAAGGAAUCAUAAGAAGCUAUGUAUUGUAUUAACAGUGCAAUUAUUUCAAGGCCUCUGCAACCUGUCAAAGGGCAAAGAGCCACUGACCAAACUUACAGGUCUUUUAAGCAGUGAAUAAAUGCUCCUAUAUUAUUGCCUUUUACCUUUCCGAGAACAAACUGCCUGUAACAGACAAAAAGAGCAUCCUUUUGUCAAAUUCUUCUGCUCUCCCUGUGCUUAGUUACAUGUACCAUGACAUCACCUUGUGAGUUUCCUUGCCUUGCCAAAUGGAAGACUGAGUGGGGAAAGACCUUUCAUCAGGAUGCUGGCAUUGAGUCAGCCUGAGGUUGUGUAGUAAGGCACUCCACCCUGAAUCUCACCAUCUUUACUCUUCAAGGGGUUUUUUUGAGAAUGGUUCUCAGUAUUUGUAACCCCGGCAGCACACAGGCCUAUUUUUAGUUUCAUGCACAGCUUUAGUACUAAAUUGCAACCUGUAUUUCUUAAUUUCAUCUCAGUCUUUAAAAUUUGAGGAAAAACUAUAUUGUUUCAUGAAAUCUUUUUGCAUUUGAGGCCCACUAUAAUAGUUGGGGGAAAGUUACUGACUUUAUAAACCAAGUAAAUAAAGCAGGACAAUAGCCCAGCAUACUACCCUGUCAAAUUGUGACGUUAUUUUGUGUUGCUUCCAAACUAGAUGUUUUUGUCAGCUUCAGGGAAACCAUUACACAUCCAAAUGUUUAAAUGUAGAAAAAAAUGGAAAUGGUGUUAAAUGUGUCCUAUGGACUCACAAGACUUUUAAAAAGCAUAAAUGUUCUCUGAUAUACUUUGAUAUAGAGAAGGCCUCUUUCUGAUUGUAAAAUUCCAUAUGCUGUGUAUGUAUGCGCGUGCCAAGUAUGUCUGAGAGAAAAUUAGCAAGUGGGUUUUUACUAUCAAAUAUCCCACCCCCAAACUGCAGCCACAUUCAAAUAGUAUAGCAGACUGAAAAUCAUUUGUAUGAAUGGAGUGAGUUGGGAUGGAAUUAGUUUUGCCUACCGAUAAAGCUUUGUGAACAAAUUUUUUAAGAUGAAAAAAUUGGUGCCUUGUAUCUAAUUACAUUUUGCAUGGGACAUAAGUUUAAGGUUUUUGGAGUGUUUUUUUUUGUUCUCCCGAAUCUUUAGUAUCACUGGCUUUUUUACAUUUCAUAUCUGUAUGUGAAUGGGAAAAACGGUUUCUACCAGCAACUUGAUAUGUGUGUCUAAAGACUAUUUCUAAUCUUGCAAAUGACUUGCUCAAAAGCAGAUCAUAAUUUGAAUUUAUAUAUUAAAUCUUAAUCAGUAAAUAUUUCAAAGUAGAAUUACUUCUCUAAGUACUGUGUGUGGUGUGGAAGGUAAAAAGCUCCUGGAGUUCCUUUUAACAGCACUUAAAGAAAAGGCUGAUAAAGUCACUGAUGCCUUAGAAAGAUAACGAUUUUCAUUCCAAAAGUACUACUACAGAGGUCGGGGGGAUCCUCAAUGUGGUGCCAGGGGUGCACCACAUUGUAUUUUCUGUAUUUUAAGGAAGAGGGUCAGGCCAGGUAUGGCUUUUGACCAGCAAGGCUUCUGACAGACUACUAGAGGUUUGAUUGGCUGUUCAGGUUUUUGUAAAGCUUUAUUUGGCAGCAGCUGCCACUACAGCACAAGGAUCUACACUAUUUUAUUGAACACUGUGUCUGGCUCCACCUUCUGCAGUGAUCAUUUUGCUCUUCUGCCCACCAUGUGUGUCAGAAUUCCAAAUUUGCCCGCAGGCUGAAAAGGAUUGGGACCCCUGGAUUACAGCAUUGAAAAUUUGCAUGCAUACACACACACACACACACUUGGGCUUAGAGAAGCUAAAUUUCACUUUGUAAAGGUGCUUAGCAGAGAAUCUAAUAUCUACUGAAUAUUGCUUCUUUAACAUAAGAACCAGCGCCUUCUCUGAGAUGUAUCUAGGAAUGUGUGUUAGCAUAUCAACUUCAAGCGGUAGGCCCAGUUGUAGUGUUUCAAUAUGCAUCUACUGAAGGAAGUCACAAACAAACUCAGCAGGACUAAGUUGACAAUACAUUUAAGUCACAUUGGUGUAUGGGGGAAAAUUUAAACAUACUCUCAGUAAAGCAAAUUACUUUCAUGUACAUUUACAGAACAUUUAUGUUUAAUAUACAGUAACCUGGAAAGGGAUUUUAAAAUGAACAGUUAAUUGAAAGAAUAUAAACCAAGUGUUUAAGAGCAUGGAUAAAGCAAAAGUACUACUCGUAACUUCUGAAUAUCAGGGUGUCUUGCUAAUUAUACCAUGUUCAGGAUAAAGAUGACAGGAGAUAUGUGAAUUCAUCCACCAUUUCCAGGGCCAUCUCUGUUCUGAAUGCUCUGCUUGGGUCCUACUGCCUAUUUAGUGCUGUCUCCAAGGCUAGGACCCAAGCAGAGCAUUUGAGAAUGAAGACAGUCCAGGAAACAGCAGAUCAAUUCACAAAUCUCCUGUCAUCUUUAUUCUGAAUAGGGUACAGCACAGGAGGGGAAAGAACAGGUAUAAGGCAGCUCAGUUCCCUUGCUACCUUUCAAUGGUUUUAAAGGAUAUUAAAGGAUAUUCUCAUUAUUGUAACCACCAACCUUGAAUCAAGUAAGCAGGUCUUGCAACUUCUACAAAUUGUUUAAAACCCAGUCAGUUGGUAAGUCUGCUUUAUGAAAACAUGCAUUAUUAGACUGAAUAAUGAAUUUAACAUUUUGGCAUCCAAUGUUAUUGUAUUCAAGUCAAAAACUAUUUUGUAACUUAGGAAUCCCACAUGUAAAACCGGGGCAAACUAUAUAGAAUGCAUGCUUGAAGCCACGGCAUGCAGUUCCGCAAUAAGGGAGUGUACCUGAUGCUUUUAAUGGCAGGCCUUGUAGAGGAAGGUGAAUAGAUCUGAGUUUGUAGCCUCCUCCCUGCUGCUGCCACCACCGACCAAGAAAGCCAUCUGGCUCCCUCAGUUGCUGCUGCAUCUUAUUUCUGAGUCCACUGACUUGCCAGCUACCUCCAACUGAAAUACUCCAACAUAUGCAUAGACAACAAGAAUAAAUAGUCCUCUCCUAGUUUUUAAGGCAAGGUUGGAUUAGAAAUUUUAUAUCACUGAACUGUAAAAGUUUGUUAUUGGAGUGCUUUGCUUAGUGAAAUUUUCAGAGGCAGUGUUGGAUGUUAGAACUACAUCUUAAGUGCAGCAGAACCUUAUUUAACACAAGCUCAAACAAAUAUAAUACGCAUAGAAAUCAGGCAUGAUUUGUACCACUGUCCAACAAACACAAUUAUUUAAAAUUAGAGUGCUAGCCUAGUUAAUUUGGAAAUGCAAUUGGCAGAAAACAGAUUACUUCAUCUUCAAACACUGUAAAAAGUCCUAUUAUCUUUAGAGAGCUUGGAAAAGUAAUUUCAGAAUUAAAUGGGUACAACGAUAGGCCAGCAGAACUCUUCUGAAGAGGCAGAACCUUCCUGUAACAUUUCCCCAACUCCACAACAGAAGGUUCCAUAGAAGUACUACAAUAAUUUACAAAAAUUCUUUAAAGCCAUGCAUUUUUAAUUUGCUGGAAAAGUAGUCUACACCAUUUAUCUUGGGGGGGUAGGGGGGGAAGGAAAGUUAAAUUCACAAGAAUACUAUUGACUUGUAGAACUUUGACAAAAAUGUCCAUGGUCACAUUUCAUCUAGGGAACAGUGUAAUUACUUAAGCAGACUGACUUUGCACACUGGCAGUGGGACUAAACCUAUCUCUGCUUACAAGGCUCGGGGUGUGUGUGUGGUUUUUUAUAAUUAUUAUUAGAGAGGAUAUUGAUUGUUCUUACUCCACAGCUGACUCAUGCCAACUCAGCACAUUUUUUACACAAAUACACACCUUUAUUAGGCAAUAUAUAUUUUUAAAGUCAGCUACUGCUCUUUCAUAUGUUGCUGGGUUUCAGAGUUUGUAAAUAUACAUCGACCAACCAUCAUGCAACAAAUGUAAAGCAGCAGACUGAAAAUAUCUGUCCAAGAGAAAUUAUUGGUUCUUUUUUUUUUCAAGGUGCAUUUUUUUGUUUCUUUUCAUGCAAAUAAUAUAACUGUUCAUGACAAGCAGAUUUCAUCCUAGUAGGACCAAUUCUCUUAUUCCCUGUGGUGAAAUAUGAAGUCUUAAGUAGACAUAAAGUCGUCUAUUUAGCAUCCCCCUCCCAGGAAGAAAAAUGGCUCUAAUAAUCAUCUUGAAAAGGAAGAAUCAUCCUAUUGUUAUAAGGAACUUUAAGAGGCUAAUUGUAAUGGUAUUCUUCUGUGAAAGAAACAGCAUCCUGAUUCCUAUUUUACAAUACUUCAUUAGCAACAAAUUUCCUAUAACUUCAAAGGCAAUAGAAAGUAAUCUAAGGCAUUGAAAUGCUAUGCAACACUAAACAGUUUAUUUUCCACACAGGUCAUACAAUCAUAAUCCAUAGCACCAUACAACCUUUAUGCUGGCAGAAAAUUGUUCAUAAUUCAGGCUCACCUGGGCCUUUAAAAAUGUAUUUUCCCUAUGACUAGCUAAUGUCCUCCUUAAACACAUGGGACUGGGCUUGUUACUUCCUCUUUGAGUGUGAAAUAUGAAUCAUGUUUUUAUGAUUUUUGUAAAUCUUUACUCUUUUUACCUUGUUUUUGUAAGCUGAAAUUUCCUAUUAAAAAGAAAAAGAUAAA